AUGCAGCAGGACCUGCUGGGUGGCCCUCCUGGGCCCAUGCAUCAUGAUGAACAGCACGAAAUGUUGCAGCAGCAGCCGCAGCAGCAGCAGGCACAACCCCAGGCGCAGCAGCAGCAACAGCAGCAGCACCCGCAGCAGCAGCACCAGCAGCACCAGCACCUGCCCGGCAAGGCCGCCUUUCCCCCGGGCAUGGGUGUGCCUGGCAUGGAUCACUUUCACGGCACACCCUACGGCAUGCAAGCUGUGCCCAUGCAGCCAGGCCACUUUGAACAUCUGCUCAACGCAAUGCCCGUGACGGGUCACUCGUUGAGCUCGUCGUUCGCAACGGACAACGUGCACAUGAGCGGAGCCCAGCCCACGCUCUAUCUGGCCGCGGGUUUCAACAUGGCCGGUUCCAAGCCAGGCGUGAGUGCGGCUGGCUCGGCUGGCGGCGGUGGCGGUGGCGGCAGCAAGACGCGCCUGCGAUGGACGCCCGAGCUCCACUCGUCAUUUGUGCGCUCCGUGCAGCAGCUGGGAGGGCCCGACAAGGCGACGCCCAAGGGCAUCCUGAAAGCCAUGAACAUGGAUGGCCUCACCAUUUUCCACAUCAAGAGCCACCUGCAGAAGUACCGCCUGAAUGCGCGCGUGCCCGGCGCCAGCAGCGUUGACGGUGGCAGCGAUGGCUGCGCGGCUGGGGACUCGGCAGAGGGCAACAGCGGCAGCCGACCGGCCUCUGCAGCUUUAGACGGGCUGGGCAGCGUCCCCGUGUCUGCCCUGACGCGCAAGAAUCUGGAGGACGCCUUGGUGCUGCAGAUGGAGCUCCAGAAAAAGCUCCACGAGCAGCUCGAGCUCCUGCUGCUGCUGCUGCUGCUGCUGCUGCUGCUGCUGCUUAUGCUGCUGCUGCUGCUGCUGCUGCUGCUGCUGCUGCUGCUGCUGCUGCUGCUGCUGCUGCUGCUGCUGCUGCUGCUGCUGCUGCUGCUGCUGCUGCUGCUGCUGCUGCUGCUGCGGCUGCUGAGCCUGGAGCCGCGUCGUUCCUGCGACGGCAGCGUCGCGUGCAGCUGCAGCUGCGCUGAGGUGUUCAUCUCGGGUGAGCUCUACUAG